AUGACUUCUAUAAAGGAGCAGGCAGCAAUCAGCCGGCUCUUGAGUUUUUUACAGGAUUGGGACAAUGCUGGCAAAGUCGCCAGGAGUAACAUCCUCAACAAUUUCAUCGAAGCCAACCAAGGCAAGACUGCCCCUGAGCUGGAGCAGGAGUUUUCCCAGGGAGCCAGCUUGUUCCUCGUCCGCCUGACCACCUGGCUGAGACUCACAUACAUGACUGGUUCGCCUUUAGAUAAGCUGCUCAGGUCCAUUGGCAUCUUCUUAUCAGCUGUAAGCAGUAAUCGAUACCUCAUAGAGUUUCUUGAGGUUGGAGGGGUCCUAACACUCUUGGAAAUACUUGCGCUGAAUAAGAUCAAGGAGGAGGACAAGAAGGAAUCCAUCAAGCUACUUCAGGUGAUUGCAAACUCUGGCAGGAAGUACAAGGAGCUCAUCUGUGAAAGCUACGGUGUACGAUCCAUAGCAGAAUUUUUGGCAAAGUCCAAGUCAGAAGAGACUCAGGAAGAAGUUCAGGUCCUCUUGGAUUCUUUGAUCCACGGUAAUCCCAAGUACCAGAACCAAGUGUACAAAGGUCUGAUAACUCUGCUGCCCUGUGCAUCCCCAAAAGCUCAGCAGCUGGCCCUGCAGACACUCAGGACUGCCCAGUCAAUCAUCGGGACUACACACCCCAGCAUCGUGGACUGCGUGCUGAAGGUGCUAUGCACAAUGCACUUGGAAGUCCAGUAUGAAGCCAUCGAGCUGAUAAAGGACCUGGUCAACUACGACGUGCGCCCGGCGCUGCUCAAGGGCCUCGUAGCGCUACUGAUACCGUCCUUCAAGGAGACCAGCAAACUGCACUCCGAGAUCGUCAGCGACUCUUCGGUCCUCGAGCUCACCGCCCACCUGCCGCUGUUUUUGCAGCAGGCCGCGGCCGCCAAGGCCAUCGGGAUCCUGGCGCGCCACAACACGACCCUGGCCGAGGAGAUGCUGCACCUGCGGGUGGUACACAGCCUGAUGGCCGCCAUGGGCAACACGGAUCACAGCAACAGCCAGCGGCAGGCCAGCCUCACGCUGAAGUACUUCGUGGAGUUAUUCCAGGUGGUGGAGGAGCACGUGCGCAAGACCAUGGGGGAGGAACUCUACAAGCUCUUCCUAAGCAAUGCCGAGAAUCUGUACAUGAAAAUAGAUAGCAUUCAGGCGGACAUCCUGGCGGCCAACAAAGUCAAUGUCGCCAGAGCGCUGCACCUCAGCGGCCUCUCCUACAGCGACAUGAGCUUUUACGUUGGCCAUCCUAAUGAGGAUCAGGUGGCCUACAUCACACACUUCCAGAAGGAGGACGUGGAAGAAAAGGAGGAAGAGGAGGGGAAAGGAGCCUCGGAGGCAAGCCAGGAAGCCAAGGCUAUGUGGCAGGGAAGCCUGGCAGAAGGGAGGAGUCACAGUCAAGCUCCUGUUGAUUCCUCUUAG